UAGAGAUAGAUCUCUCUCUCUCUCUCUCUCUCUUUCUCUCUCUCUGUAUAUAUAUGUGAAAAUGCAGGAAGAUCCAGAUAUUCUCCGCACAUUCAGAUAAAUCUUUCCAUUCAAAAAAACCCAAAACAACAGCCAGGUGAGAGUAAUUUUCACAGUAAUAUUAGACCGAUAUGUAUAUAUUAUAAGAGUGUUCCGAAAUGAAGAUUAGGUACUACGGCAAAACGUCUGGGAUGCACCACCAUGGCUUCACUAAUUACACGCUGCAUAUACCUUUAGGAAAGGACAAAGUCCUAUGCAUUCACCAGUGGAGCCGCAGCUGCGCCCGGUCUCAUCACUGCAGUUCCCCGACUGCGACUCCGAGUGCCGCUGUUGGCCAAUACGGAGCGGCGCUGGAGACUGGGAUCCAUUGGAGCCUCCUGCAGUGCGAUUGCUCAGAAAGCUAACAGCAGGAAGAAAACAAAGCAGAGUGACAUUCAGAGUCUGCUGAGAAGAGAAAAGAAACCUCAGCAAAGCGCGCGGAACAGAUACUGAGCAGGGAACGCAGACACAGUACUCUCUCCUGUGCCCUGCCUUCUGUCAUUUGGCUGGGAUUUCUCAGCGCCUAAUACGAUUGACACGGAAAAAGAAAGACGCUGGGCAACACUCUCCAGGGAAUGGCAAUGGAAACACGGCAAAAACACAGCGGCCAGGCGGCAGAGUGGCAAGUGCUCUCCUUUCCCUUCUUGCUGUCUCUGCUCUGCGGGGCGGUCUCGGCGCAGAUUCGCUAUUCGGUCCCCGAGGAAAUGCCCAAAGGCUCCCUCGUGGGCAAUCUCGCCAAGGAUCUGGGGCUGACUGUGCGAGAACUGGCUGAUCGCAGGCUCCGGGUUGUCUCUGCAGCCAGAAGACAAUACUUCACGGUGAAGGGUGAAAACGGGAACCUGUACGUGAGUGACCGGAUAGACCGGGAGGACAUCUGCGGGAAGGCCCCGCUCUGCGCUCUCGCUUUCGAAGCCGUGGUGGAAAAUCCACUGAACGUUUUCCACAUCAACGUCGACAUCCAGGACAUCAACGACAACGCGCCGCGCUUCCUACGAGAUAACAACACACUGGAGAUCAAUGAAUUGACGCUGCCAGGAGCCCGCUUCUCGCUGGGAAAUGCCCAGGACCCGGACGUGGGCUCCAACUCCCUGCAGAGUUACCAGCUCAGCUCCAACGCCAACUUCGUGCUGGAGGUCAGGGAGAGCCAGGACGGCAACAAGUACGCGGCGCUGGUGCUGCAGAAGCCUCUGGAUCGGGAAAGGCAGCCCGGGCUGCACUUGGUCCUCACGGCAGUGGACGGGGGGCAGCCCGCCAGAACCGGCACGGCUCGCGUCUGGGUCAACGUCACCGACGCCAACGACAACGCGCCCGUCUUCACCCGGGACGUCUACAAGGGGCGCGUGCGGGAGGGCGCCCCCGCGGGCUCCCUCGUGCUCCAGCUGAACGCCUCGGACAGCGACGAGGGCGCCAAUGCGCAUGUCACCUACGGGUUCAGCAACACACUGGAAACCGCGGGCCAGAAAUUCAGCCUGGAGGCGGAAACGGGGAGGAUCACGGUGAGGGAGCCGCUGGACUUCGAGGAAACAGCAGCCUACACUUUGGAAGUGGAGGCAAAGGACGGCGGCGGCCUGGUGACCCACUGCAAAGUGGAGAUCGAGGUUGUGGACGAGAACGACAAUGCGCCCGAGGUGACCUUCACCUCCGUGUCCAGCCCCGUCCCCGAGGACUCCCAGCCCGGCACCGUGAUCGCGCUGAUCAAAGCACGAGACCGAGACGGUGGAGGUGACAGCGAAGUCACUUGCCGCAUUCCGGACAACCUGCCCUUCAAGCUGGUGUCGUCCUCCAAGAACUACUACAAGCUGGUGACGGCCGGCGCCCUGGACAGAGAGCGCAGCCCCGACUACAACGUCACGGUCACGGCCACGGACAAGGGCGCUCCGCCGCUCGCCACGACCCAGACCGUCCGGCUGCAGGUCUCGGACGUCAACGACAACGCGCCGCUCUUCGAGGAAGCGUCGUACAGCGCCUACGUGGCGGAGAACAACCCGGCGGGGGCCUCGCUUCUCCGCGUGCGAGCCUCGGACCCCGACCUGGGCCGCAACGGCCGAGUCACCUACUCGCUGGUCAGCCCCGGCGGCGGCAGCGGCGGCGGCGGCGGGGACAGGAGCGCGGCGGGGGCGCCGGCCUGGGCCCACGUGUCGGUGCAGGCGCAGAGCGGGGCCGUGGUGGCGCAGCGCUCCUUCGACUACGAGCAGCUGCGCGAGCUGCGGGUGGAAGUGGAGGCGCGAGACGGCGGGUCGCCGGCGCUGAGCAGCAGGGUGACGGUGCGCCUGUUCAUCCUGGACCGGAACGACAACGCGCCCGAGAUCCUGUACCCCGCGCCGGGCGCCGUCGAGGUGGUGUCCCGCUCGGCCGCGGCGGGCUGCCUGGUGACCAAGGUGGUGGCGGUGGACGCGGACUCGGGCCACAACGCCUGGCUGUCGUACGAGCUGGUGGCGGCGGCCGAGCCGGCGCUCUUCACGGUGGGGCUGCGCAGCGGCGAGGUGCGGACGGCGCGCGCCCUGGCCGACGGCGACGGCGCCCGGCACCGCCUGCUCGCCGUGGUGAAGGACAACGGGCAGCCGCCGCUGUCGGCCACGGCCACGCUGCAGGUGGUGGUGGCCGAGAGCGCGCGCGAGGCGCUUCCCGAGCUGGCCGAGGCCGAGGCCGAGGCGGCCGGGGCCUCGGACUCGGCGGCCGCCCUGCAGUUCUACUUGGUGCUGGCGCUGGCUCUCGUCUCCUUCCUGCUCCUCCUGGCCGUCGCCCUGGCCGUCCUGGGCAGACUGCGAGAGGUAACGAUUAACCGCCUUUGGUACUCUUUUUCAGCUCCGGAAUGGAAGGCAGGUCCCAAACAGAAACCCAGGUACAGAGAGAGGUCUGUACCUUACAGCUACAACCUGCAUUGGGACUCAACUUUUUCAACAGGGAGCAAGGAUUCUGAAAAUAACUGAAAGGCAACAUAUAGAAAGGAUUUUCUGUUCUAGAAAGACUUCUGAAUAUCUGAUGUCCAGCAGUAAUUCAGCUCCCUGAGACUCACAGCUUGCAAUCCAUACAGGUCAGGAGGAAAGAAUGUGCAGCUUGCAGUAGUUAUUGGCCUCAGUUUUACAGGUCAGGGCUAGAUAUUUUAACAUAGAACAUUGAUGUUAGAGAAAACUUUUGCUUUAUAACGUUUAUAUGCAGAGUUUUUAACUGCCAUCAUGUCUGGUGUGGCAGUCACUCAGGUUAAAGGAUUAUCCUUCCAAUGGAUCAAGUAAGGGUUGUAAAUGUGUGUUGGUGGCUAAGAAGGCCAGUCCUAGAGCUGAAGAAUCUCUGACAAAUGCUACAGGUGAUGGUUAAAAGGAGGGUUGGAGCACAGCUUUCUCUGUCGUUUUUCCUUUCCUUCCAUUUCUGUCUUUUUUUGCCUCCAGAGCAAGAUGGUUUUCCUCAAAGAUGUACCUUUUCUCAAAAGGCAUUGCCAUGUAGCCCUUUCCCAGGCUAGUUUUUCCCAAUUUGUGGUGUCAAUGCCACACUUGUAAAUGUUAACCUUGAGAGUGUCUUUAAAGCAUUUCCCCUGCU